AUGGGUCUCUCGGUGUCACGUCUCCUUGCUGGUCUCUUUGGCAAGAAGGAGAUGCGAAUUUUGAUGGUCGGUCUUGACGCCGCUGGUAAGACUACCAUCCUGUAUAAGCUUAAGCUGGGCGAGAUUGUAACUACCAUCCCCACCAUCGGAUUUAACGUCGAGACUGUCGAAUAUAAGAACAUUUCCUUCACUGUGUGGGAUGUCGGAGGACAAGACAAGAUCCGACCUCUCUGGAGGCACUAUUUCCAAAACACGCAAGGUAUUAUCUUCGUAGUCGACUCGAACGAUCGGGAACGUGUGUCGGAGGCUCGUGAGGAACUUCAACGAAUGUUGAACGAAGAUGAGCUGCGGGAUGCUCUCCUCCUUGUUUUUGCAAACAAGCAAGAUCUCCCCAAUGCAAUGAAUGCAGCAGAGAUCACUGACAAGCUUGGAUUACAAGCGCUUAGGCAGAGAACGUGGUAUAUCCAGGCUGCAUGUGCCACUUCUGGUGAUGGACUGUACGAGGGUUUGGAGUGGUUGGCGACCAACAUUAAGCGUCGGUCUUAG